CCGUACGAGUUGGGAUCCACAGGUCCCCGGCCGCAUUCAUGGCUUACGGUUGCGGUUUAAUUAGCAGUGCCGUGUUAAGUUGCUCUUGAUUAGCAGCGCGUGGAGCCUAUGGGUGCGGAAAGCGGAGCUUCUUUUCUCGUGCGGGCAAGCCCAUGUCGCCAACCAACACCGUCUCAGCACAGUAUCGGUCUAGUCUUGGACUCUUGGUGAGGCGAGAGCGCGCGCACGGCACACUAUUUAUCCCACGGCGUGCCACAAACCGCAGGUGUCUUCAGCUCCAAUCCACCGCAUUCCUUUACCGCUGCGCUCCUUGCUUCGAACCUACUUGAACGCUGCCUCACCUCACCUCACCUCACUCACUCACCAAGCUCCCCUCUCUCCCCCUCUCGCUCAGUGAGCUUGCGGUUCCUGCCACACACACGCUUCCCGCCAUAUAUGCCCACCAGGCAGCCGUCGAUCGGAAGGAAGCAACCGUCGCUCCAUCUUACCGAUCGCCGUUACAUCCGUCCAAGCUCGUCGGAGUAGCUACGGCGCCAACAGCUGCCGGGAAGAUCAGGGACACGCUCGUCCAGCGUCAAUGGGACGUCCGACGUCUGGGGGCGUGCAGCAGCAGCAGCCCAAGCUCCGCAAGGGGCUGUGGUCGCCCGAGGAAGACGAGAAGCUCUACGGCCACAUCAUCCGGUACGGCGUCGGCUGCUGGAGCUCCGUCCCCAGGCUCGCUGGGCUGCACCGGUGCGGCAAGAGCUGCCGCCUCCGAUGGCUCAACUACCUCCGCCCCGAUCUCAAGCGCGGCACCUUCUCGCAGGAGGAGGAGGACCACAUCGUCGCGCUCCACCAGAUCCUCGGCAACAGGUGGUCACAUAUCGCGUCGCACCUGCCGGGCCGGACGGACAACGAGAUCAAGAACUUCUGGAACAGCUGCAUCAAGAAGAAGCUCCGGCAGCAGGGCAUCGACCCGGCGACGCACAAGCCCAUGGCCUCCGGCGCAGCCACGACGGCAUUGCCGGACGUGGAAGUGGAAGACCGUAAGCCCCUUGCCGCGGCGGCCGACGGCAGCCUCGCUCUGAAGCAGUCGGCGGAGUUCGACCCGUUCCCGGUGUGCGCCGACUACGGCGGCGGGUUCUCCGGCGAACUCGGCGCCGCUAACGCGGCCGCACUGUACGUCCAGUUCGGCGACUGCAAGGACGACGCGGACGAGGAUGCCGGGUUCGGCGCCGCGGACUACAGCUGCGUGCUGGACGUGUCGGAGAACCUGGGCUACGGGGAGAGCUCGAGCAACAGCAGCAACUGGAACUACGGCGGCGAGGUGGGCAGCGUGCUCGACGGCGAGGUCCUGCACUGGGGCAAGGCGGAGAUGGAGCCACUGGAGCACAAGUUCUCGUUACCCUGCCAAGAACAGAGCCUCCUCGCAAAUUUCGAGUUCAAUUUGGAACAAUACUUCUGAUCUUCUCUUUCUUUAUUUUUUUAUAUAAAAACAUUUCCCUACUUUCUCCAUCUUAUUCUAAGAGAGAAGUUAGUGCCACUUCAGGUAAUUUCUAGCAGCGAUUCACCUUUUAUAGGUGAAACAAAACAAGGAUGGUCGAUUUCUCCGACUGAACUAUAGAAAUUUGUACAAAUACAUGAA